AUGCUUACGUCCCGUCCCGUCGGGUCUCAACAGGGUAGUUCAAAAAUGUGGGGGAAAGUGUCUUUCCAUCGCUCUCGAAAGCCUGUAAUUGGGAACCCUACUUUGGUCAACAAGACCUUGGAUGAUAAUGUGUAUCAGUCUUUGUCCUCUGUCGCUGGGGUAAAGGAUAGCGAGAGGUACUAUUCCUCGAUGACUGCACCUUCUCUGCCACCCAAAACCGCGGGCGCAUCCUUCCCUGCGCACCGGCUGGACACCGGCCAUCGGGUCGCUUCCUCUGUGUAUUCUCGAGACACCAUGAUUGACCCUGUCCGGCAACGCUCCAUCAGUUUGACGCAUCAAAUCCCCUCCGAUCCAGGCGCAUUCAGCCGCGAUCAGCCUAGUCGCCUAAGCACUACAAGCUCAAAUAUCUCGCCCCCAGACUCGCCGACCGUCGAAGGGGGCGUACCCCAAAGUCGAAGCAGUUCACAGGUCUCUCCGAUAGACGAAGGGCCAAUACCGGCGUCUGGUGGCGGACCCAUGUAUCACAAAUUGUCCAGUCAUUUACCCAUUUUGAGCAAACGGACCGGCUCGUCGCGUACAGAAAGUCAACAACGACCAUUGCGCUCCCGUAGUUCUUCCUUGGUGAGCGAUACCACCGAAUGGAACGCCUUCUCAUUGGAGCCGACUGCGAAAGAUUAUGCCGAAACUUGGCAGAUGAAUUCUGGAAAUGUCUCCUUUGAGACACAUAUAGCGGCGAAUACCGAACCGACCGGAUCAUAUAGCUCGAAUAUCUUCGGCAGGGGCAAGGAACAAUUCCAUCCACAGAAGAAGAGAUCUGGGGUCCGUAGCCGGUUGUCCAAAGGGGAUUAUUCACCCCCUACUGCUGCAGUACGGGACCCGUGGAAAGGCCCGAGUGGACGGGCGCCUAUAGUACAGCACCUCAAAGAACCGGUGCGAGCGUCACGGAGCAACGAUCGGUUAAUGGAAGACGAUAAGCUCGAUUUUGCAUCGUUCGGGAUAGUGCCGUCAGUCGUAACGACAAUCACGGGUGGUGAGACAAACACCAAAGGUCCGGAGGGGCACGUGGCUCGCUCGAAUAGUACUCGAAUACGGCUGCCUGGGAGGAACCCAGCCGUUUCAACCAGCCCUGCACCGCCACGUGUAGAUCUACCGGAACGCGACCUGUAUGCUUCAUUGGCGGACCUGAAACUAACCUGCGAUGACGAAACUGAUCAGCCGACAAGCCGCUUCAGCGCGACUACUUAUGAGCCUACCGAAGCGGGCAGCUCCGUAGGGAGCCGACGAAACAGUAUCGAUACUGCGCAGUCUACGGAAAACUUCCCCUCCAUCAUGUCUAGGAAACGACCGGUCCCCAGUUCCGUGGCCCCGGCAAAGAAACCAUCCCGCAAGCCUACUCCGUCUCAGGCCUCUAACGAGGAUGAAGCAUCGAAAGACCUUGCUCAGUGCUCGCCCGAACAACAAGCACAGAAUCGCAUUGAAGCACUGGAAGCAAGAAAAGACAGCCUUGCUCGACGGCGAAACAAUAUCAACACGAUCAUCCACGAACUAACCCAGGUCAUUCAGCCGAGUUCCGUUGCCUAUGAUAUGGCUGCCCGGGAGGAGGUUAAGAAGACAGUUACCAGUCUGAACAACGAGCUGGCCGAGAUAAAGCGAGAAGAGCAUGAAAUUGGCUUAAAGCUAUUCAGAGCAUGGAAGAAGCGUGACGAACAAAACUGUUACGGCGGGGGUAGUGGUUUAUGGGUCAAACGAGUAACCAAUUGA